UGUAUGCAACGUCCCACCCACCCAAAACUUGGAUUUAUUUUGUUUUUCGUAGUAUAUUGAGUUGAAACUUGAAAGUUGAUUUUAAAUCAUAGUUAGUUUAUUCUAUCUUCAAUAAUAUGCUCCUUUAGUUUAAACGUCGUGCUAUUCGUGCCCAGCGUUUAUUACAAGCCACAGCAAAAUGGCCGAGCUAGCUGCGUUACUGCAGACCGAGAUCCCGGAGGGGCGCACCCAUCUAACAGACAGCCACACGAAUCUCGAGCGUGUAGCUGAUUACUGCGAAGCUAAUUAUUUUCAGUCCGAGAACAAGAGACUCGCUCUGGAGAGUACCAAGAACUACACAACACAAUCAUUGGCUAGUGUAGCAUAUCAAAUCAACACUCUUGCAUAUAACUUCUUACAACUGUUGGAAUUACAAACUAUGCAGUUGGCUGAAAUGGAAGGGCAAAUGAACCAUAUCGCUCAAACUGUUGCCAUUCACAAGGAGAAAGUGGCAAGAAGGGAGAUUGGGGUGUUGACUGCUAACAAAGUUACCAACAGGCAGUACAAAAUCAUUGCUCCUGCUAACCCAGAGAAACCUAUCAAAUAUGUGAGGAAGAGUAUUGAUUACACAGCAUUGGAUGACAUUGGGCAUGGUGCUCGCUGGAAUGGAGCAACCAGUGGGACUCCUAGAGGCCGGCGGUCAGGCUCUACUCCCAGUGCUGCCACGCUGCCUGCACCCACCACCAAACCUCCCACCCCACCGGCUGCUGUGAGAGCUGCGGCUGCUGCCAACACUGGCACCUUGGGACGUGGCACUCUGGGCAAAUCAUCCCGUGAGUACCGCACGCCGCCAGCUGUGGCGCCGCCUCAAGUGCCCUCGCACUAUGCACCAAACUACCCGCGUCGCCCACCUGGUUACUCAACCCUGCCUGUGGCACAGCCUCAAGUGGGAAUGGUGCAUCCAAAUCAGCAUCAAGCUCCGUCAAACUAUUCACAGCAAGAUUUACAUUCCAGUAUGCCACCCCCACCAUCCCCACUGAUUGGUUCCGAUGGUGAACACAGCCAACAUUCCAUGAGCUUGCCUGGACAGCGCGCUUCGUCAUCGUCUGCGGGAGGCGGUUCCAUCCGCGGCGGCUCCGUGUCGCCUCCACUGCCACCGCCGCCAAUGGACGAUGAGUUGGCUCACGACGGCUUCGGCAGACCUCACCAUAUGAAUAAUAAGAUGGGCACUCCAUACACAAACGCAGUUCCUGCCAUAGUGCCAGAUGAAGAAGAUUUGCCUGGAUGGGUGCCAAAGAACUACAUUGAGAAAGUGGUCGCAAUAUACGAUUACUAUGCCGAUAAAGAGGACGAGUUAUCAUUCCAAGAGAGUGCCGUGAUCUACGUGUUGAAGAAAAACGACGAUGGCUGGUGGGAAGGUGUAAUGGAUGGAGUGACAGGACUCUUCCCAGGAAACUAUGUAGAGCCCUGCGUGUAAUGCUAACAUCCAAUCAGUUGUACCUGUUUUUUUGACAUCGUCACUUCGCACACUAGGAAAUAGAUAAUAGUAUUUGCACUGUCGAUCUAUCGACAUGCCUGUAUACAAAAGUUUAUUUGAAAACAAAUGUUCAUAUAAGUAUUCUAUCUGUACCUAUACCUGCUACAUAUUUCUUGAUCCUAGCCUGUAAGUAAAAUAUUAUCUAGAAUUUUUAAUCGUGUAAAUUAGAUUAUAUCUUCGUAUUCACGACGUAUUCCAAAUAAAUCAAGUAUGUACUGAGUUACUAAUACCUGUUUGUAAUAACUUUUAUCUAGAAUAUUAUAUGGAACUUAUUUUUACUAUUUAAUGAUAUUAUGGAAUUAUAUGUAGAGAUUAUGUAAACAAGUUCAAGAUAAUUGCUCUAUUAUAACGGUUGAAAUAAUUAUUUGAAGGAAGCAGUUUCUAAAAUAAGGAAUACAUUUACGAAAUAAACAUUUAAAACUGUA